AUGUUCAUAGACCGAUGAUUAUUCUCCACGAACCAUAAAGAUAUUGGCACCCUUUACCUUCUAUUCGGUGCAUGAGCCGGAAUGGUAGGCACCGCCCUCAGCCUACUAAUCCGUGCAGAAUUAGGCCAACCCGGCGCCCUGCUAGGAGAUGACCAAAUUUACAAUGUUAUUGUCACCGCCCAUGCAUUUGUAAUAAUUUUCUUUAUGGUAAUACCAAUUAUAAUCGGAGGGUUUGGAAACUGACUGGUGCCCUUAAUAAUUGGCGCGCCUGAUAUAGCAUUCCCACGAAUAAAUAAUAUGAGCUUUUGACUCCUGCCUCCAUCCUUCCUUCUCCUUCUGACCUCAUCUAUGGUAGAAGCGGGUGCAGGGACAGGAUGAACUGUGUAUCCUCCUCUGGCAGGUAACCUAGCGCAUGCAGGAGCAUCAGUAGACCUGACAAUCUUUUCCCUGCACUUAGCAGGUGUAUCAUCCAUUCUGGGAGCCAUUAACUUUAUUACUACCAUUAUCAACAUAAAACCCCCCGCAAUAUCACAAUACCAGACCCCAUUGUUCGUAUGAUCCGUCCUAAUUACAGCCGUACUCCUGCUCCUAUCUCUACCAGUCCUAGCAGCCGGUAUUACCAUGCUACUCACAGACCGAAACCUGAAUACCACUUUCUUUGACCCGGCCGGAGGAGGAGACCCCGUCCUAUACCAACAUCUAUUCUGGUUCUUCGGACAUCCAGAGGUAUAUAUCCUAAUUUUACCUGGGUUCGGAAUUAUCUCACACGUCGUAACGUACUAUUCAGGAAAAAAAGAACCAUUUGGCUAUAUGGGAAUAGUGUGGGCGAUAAUAUCUAUCGGUUUCCUAGGCUUUAUUGUAUGAGCCCACCAUAUAUUUACUGUAGGCAUGGAUGUCGAUACUCGGGCAUAUUUUACAUCAGCCACUAUAAUCAUUGCUAUUCCCACGGGGGUUAAAGUGUUUAGUUGACUGGCUACUCUGCACGGAGGUAAUAUUAAAUGAUCGCCAGCUAUGCUAUGGGCCCUGGGGUUCAUUUUUCUAUUUACAGUCGGCGGUCUAACGGGCAUCGUAUUGUCAAAUUCGUCACUAGACAUUGUCCUUCACGACACGUACUACGUGGUAGCACAUUUCCAUUACGUUCUUUCAAUAGGGGCAGUAUUUGCAAUUAUAGGUGGAUUUGUCCACUGAUUUCCACUAUUCACGGGUUAUACACUAAAUGAUACCUGAGCAAAAAUCCACUUUACAAUUAUAUUCGUCGGAGUAAACAUGACAUUCUUCCCUCAACACUUCUUAGGCCUAUCGGGUAUGCCUCGACGCUAUUCCGAUUACCCAGAUGCCUACACUACAUGAAAUACAGUAUCCUCCAUAGGUUCAUUCAUUUCACUAACAGCAGUAAUACUGAUAAUCUUCAUAAUCUGAGAAGCCUUCGCAUCCAAACGAGAAGUACUAACGGUAGAACACACCUCAACAAACAUUGAGUGACUACAUGGAUGCCCUCCCCCAUAUCACACCUUCGAAGAACCAACCUAUGUGCUAUCAAAAUAA